GCCACUUUCAACUUUCCAUAAGAAGCAUAAGAUUUGCACAUCUCAGGCGCUUCAGGUGAAUACAGCGAGCGACGAUUCUUUCUCCUCUCUUCUGAUCUAGUGCCUUACUCCUCCAUUAACGAUCGAAACAGAUCUAGUCGAUAAGAGGAGCGACAAAAACCCUAGCUAGGAUUAUCGGAGGAAUAAGAGAUCGAUGAGGAGAGGUAAGCUAGUGAUCCGGAGGAUUGAUAAUUCCACGAGCAGGCAAGUGACUUUUUCAAAACGUAGAAAUGGAUUGCUUAAGAAGGCCAAGGAGCUCUCGAUCCUUUGCGAUGCAGAAGUUGGAGUGAUUAUUUUCUCCAGCACCAACAAGCUAUACGAUUAUGCCAGCACAAGCAUGAAAUCUAUUGUUGGGCGUUACAACAAAGCAAAAGAGGAAGAAUACCAGCAGAACAAUCCAACUUCGGAAGUCAAGUUUUGGCAAAUGGAGGCAGCAGUCUUGAGGCAACAAUUGCAGUACUUGCAAGAAUGUCACAGGCAAUUGAUGGGUGAAGAACUUUCUAGUUUGAAUGCCAAAGAUCUACAGAACCUGGAAAAUCAAUUGGAAAUGAGCUUGAAGGGUGUCCGACAGAAGAAGGAACAAAUAUUUACUGAUCAAAUAAAAGAACUAAACCAGAAGGCAAAUCUCAUUCAUCAAGAAAAACUAGAACUCAACAAGAAGCUAGACCUCAUUUGUAAAGAAAAUGCAGAAUUGAAAAGGGUUCAUAGGGAAAGGGAUGUGAAUGAGGCAAGCAGAAGUUUUCUUGUUCCAUACACCAUCAGCACUGGAUACGAUCUGAACACACCCAUCCAGCUCCAGCUAAGCUGGCCACAGCCUCAGAAUAAUGAAGCAGCAGAAAAAACAAUGAAACCGGGGUUACAACUAGAUUAG